AUGAAAUUGGAAGCAACGUCGUUUCCCCCUUGUUUCCGGGAGCUAAAACAACAUAUGAAGAGAAGUACCUACAUAGCACAGAUUUGGUGUAAUGCCUACAAACAAAUACCGUCGACCUUGUUACCAAUAAGCUAUGGAUGGAUUUUCAAUGACGGUCGGUACGAUUUCGACUGGUUCCACGGCGAGGAAUGCCCCCAAAAAGUUAGUGACAUAACGGAACCGGAUGAGGAAUCAGGCGAAGAAAUUGAUGACGUCAUAGAGGCCAAUCCGGCAGUAACCGCCGUGCAGCCCGCGACGCGCGAAGAGCUUACGAUAGGCUCGUUGAAAGGAGACAACUGGAGGAUUGGGCUUAUGAACCUGAGCCAUAUGACCCACGGCGCGAGGUUAACCGGCGCCCCACCCCACGCUCCAUGUCUCACAAAGAGAAGAAAGCGCCCAUACGGGAGGGAACAUGUCAUCAAGCCGGACACAGAAGAAGUGGGCAUCAGAGAUGAACCUCUGUAUGAUAUAGGCCCGCAUCCUACCUUAGUCCCAGAAAGGGAUAGGUACUGCCAGAAGUUUGAUUAUGCUGGCUUUAUCCCGCUGCUCAAUCAAACGAAUGAGCAGUUGCGUGGUGACCCGCGGCUACAUGAACGCCUUUCAUUAAGCAUAGAUUGCAAUUCCGCAGGGACCCAUACUAGAAUCGAGGUGGCUCCGAGCGGGUCGUUCGGUAAUGUUGAAGCCGCUAUCCACAAUGUUUACGAAUGUUACAUCUCCCCGUACGUUACUUCAGCUCGUGUAAUUGCAUCACAACAGCAGGACGCUGCGUACCAGCCACUCCCCGAUGGAUUAAUUCCGGGGAAUUUAGUCCCUAACCCUAAUUUACUUGGCUUUGAGCCAAUUGAUCCUAACAACAACGGAUCCCAGGCCCGCUUAGCAGGGAUAAACUUUGUUAGCGAUGACACUUUAGAAGGACGCUAUCGUGUUAGCCCGCUCUUGCAGACGAGGGUUUACACUAUUUUCGCUGAAAUGAAAGACAGAUUCAAAAUGUUAGAGAUUAGAAGUGAAAACAACCCUCAAGGCCUGAAUGUGACGAACAAGAUACAAAAAAAGACCGUCGCGGCGAAUCUUACAUUCGUAGAAACGAUCCGCCCCGUGAACGAUGCAAAUGUGCCGUUAUAUGAGAGAACAGUAAAUGUAUUGAGUUUCGGCGCUCAGGGAUCAGCUGUCGCAAACCAAUCCAAUAUCGAAGUGCUGCAUAGAAGACGUAGCGACCAGCGCAAUCAGCCAGCUAGAGGGCUGUGCUUUACUACGGCUGCUGGACAAGCUCCUGGUGGGUGGGUGGCCACCAUUAAUAAUAACUUUCAUAUGGAAGGAGUUUUUGCACCUGUUUUACACUUCGACUAUCCACAAUCACGAAUAGUGGAGUUCUCUUCUCGCGGUCCAGCCGGUUCGCGAAUGUUUAUAACUAAAUGA